UGUUCGUGCUCGUGUUCUUCUCAGCAGCUGACGUCUCCUUUCUUGCAAAGAGAUGGCCUCUCUGUACGUAUCCCCUCACCCUGACGACUUCAGAAGUGUUCUUGCUCUCCUCGCUGCCGAGCUGUCCCCGUCCUCUCGUGUCAAGACCAUUACAGAGGAUCCCCCCGUCUGCCUCAAUGUCCGCUCCAGACCCACUCUUGUGCUGGGCCCCGGUGAAGGUGACACAGUGCUGAGUGGAGCCAACGCGGUGUCCUGGUACCUGGCUCAUCAGGGCAAGAAGGCUGGCAUUGAUGCCAAGCAGCAGAGUCAGGUUUGGCAGUGGCUCAGCUUCGCAGACAACGAGCUCAUCCCGGCGUCAUGCGCAGUCGUCUUCCCGCUCAUGGGGGUGAUUGCGAUGGAUAAGAAGCACCAGCAGAGUUCCCACGCAGAGUUGUUGCGAGUUUUAAAAGUUCUUGACAAGAUGCUGGAACCAAGAACAUACCUUGUAGGGGAGAGCAUCACCCUCGCUGACAUGGCUGUGUCUGCAGCUCUUCUUCUCCCCUUCAAAUAUGUGUUGGAGCCAGCAGACAGGAAGGUCUUAACCAACGUUACCAGAUGGUUCACAACGUGCAUCAACCAGCGACACUUCCUUAAGGUGCUGGGCGAGGUCACGCUGUGUGAGAAGAUGGUGCCAGUGACAACCAAGACAAAUGCUGAUUACGAAGCAAGUCCUCCAGCUGCUGCUACUGUCGGCCCGGCGGGAGAUGCACCUAAUGGCCCGCCAAAGACAGAAGCCCAAUUGAAAAAGGAGGCAAAGAAGAGAGAAAAGUUGGAGAAGUUUCAACAGAAGAAGGAAAUGGAGGCCAAGAAGAAGACUCAGCCAACCACAGAGAAAAAGGCCAAACCUGAGAAGAAGGAGUUGGGCAUUAUCACUUACAACAUUCCUACUCCAAGUGGGGAGAAAAAAGAUGUCAUUAGUGCGCUGCCUGACUCGUACAGUCCGCAGUAUGUGGAGGCUGCCUGGUAUCCGUGGUGGGAGAAGCAGGGAUUUUUCAAGCCUGAAUAUGGGAGGAAAAGCAUUAGUGAACCAAACCCCAACGGCAUAUUCAUGAUGUGUAUUCCCCCACCCAAUGUGACCGGUUCUCUUCACUUGGGUCACGCGCUCACCAACGCCAUCCAGGAUUCUCUGACCAGAUGGCACAGAAUGCGAGGAGAGACCACACUGUGGAACCCAGGCUGCGAUCACGCCGGCAUUGCCACCCAGGUGGUGGUGGAAAAGAAGCUGAUGAGGGAUAGGGGCAUGAGCCGCCACGACCUUGGCAGGGAGAAUUUCAUCCAGGAAGUGUGGAAAUGGAAGAACGAAAAGGGAGACCGUAUCUACCACCAGUUGAAAAAGCUCGGCUCUUCUCUGGACUGGGACCGAGCCUGCUUCACAAUGGACUCUAAACUUUCCUAUGCUGUGCAAGAAGCUUUUAUCCGCAUGCACGAUGAGGGAGUGAUCUACAGGAGCAACAGGCUGGUCAACUGGUCCUGCUCGCUCAACUCUGCCAUCUCUGACAUCGAGGUGGACAAGAAAGAGCUGACAGGUAGAACAUUGUUGCCUGUGCCUGGCUACAAAGACAAAGUGGAGUUUGGAGUUCUGGUUUCCUUUGUCUACAAAGUGGACGGUUCAGACGAGGAGGUGAUCGUGGCGACCACUCGUAUUGAGACCAUGCUCGGAGAUACAGCCGUGGCCGUUCACCCACAAGACUCCAGAUACCAGCAUCUAAAGGGGAAAAUGGUGGCCCAUCCCUUCUGUGACCGCAAGAUGCCUAUUGUUUUUGAUGACUUUGUGGACAUGAACUUUGGAACAGGUGCUGUCAAAAUCACCCCGGCUCACGACCACAACGACUACGACGUUGGAGUGAGACAUAAGCUGCCCUUUAUCAACAUUUUGGAUGAGAACGGCUCGCUCAUUAACGUGCCUCCUCCCUUCUUGGGUAUGAAACGUUUUGAGGCAAGGACGGCCGUCCUCGAGGCGCUCAAGAAGAGGGGACAGUUCAAGGAGGUCAAAGACAACCCCAUGGUGGUUCCAGUCUGCAGUCGUUCCAAGGACAUAGUUGAGCCCCUGCUCAAGCCGCAGUGGUACGUUAGCUGCGCAGACAUGGGCAAGCAGGCCGCGGACGCCGUUAGAGAAGGACGCCUCAAAAUCAUCCCUGACCACCACCUCAAGACCUGGUUCAACUGGAUGGACAAUAUAAGGGACUGGUGCAUCUCCCGGCAACUGUGGUGGGGUCACCGCAUCCCGGCCUACUUCAUCACCAUCAAUGAUCCCUCCGUGAAACCAGGAUUGGAUGUGGAUGGCCAUUACUGGGUCAGCGGUAAAUCAGAGGAGAUUGCCAGAGAGAAGGCAGCAAAACGCUUCAAUGUGACUCCUGACAAAGUCACUCUCAGACAAGAUGAGGAUGUUCUGGACACCUGGUUCUCAUCUGGCAUUUUCCCCUUCUCCAUAUUCGGCUGGCCUAAUGAGACCCAGGACUUGAGCGUGUUCUACCCUGGCACUUUGCUGGAGACGGGCCACGACAUCCUGUUUUUCUGGGUGGCUCGUAUGGUGAUGAUGGGCCUCAAGCUGACCGGCAAGCUGCCAUUUAAAGAGGUUUAUCUGCACGCUGUGGUGAGGGACGCCCACGGAAGGAAGAUGAGCAAAUCACUGGGCAACGUCAUCGACCCUCUUGAUGUCAUUACUGGAAUAUCCCUGGAGGGGCUGCAUGCACAGCUGACGAAUAGCAACUUGGACCCGUUGGAGGCGGAGCGAGCGAAGCAGGGCCAGAAGUCGGACUAUCCGAACGGCAUACCAGAAUGUGGCACAGAUGCCCUACGAUUUGCUCUAUGCGCCUACACCAGCCAAGGCAGGGACAUCAAUCUGGACGUCAAUCGCAUUUUGGGCUACCGGCACUUCUGCAACAAGCUGUGGAAUGCCGUCAAGUUUUCCAUGAAGACACUGGGGGACAACUUUGUUCCCUCAGAGAAAGCCCAGCUGUGCGGCGAGGAGAGCGUCACUGACAGAUGGAUUUUGUCGCGUGUGAGUGCGGCCGUGGCGUUGUGUGACGCCGGCUUCAAGGCCUACGACUUCCCCGCCAUCACCACUGCCAUCUACAACUUCUGGCUGUACGAGCUGUGUGACGUCUACCUGGAGAGCGUGAAGCCCGUGUUCGCCAGCGGGCAGAAGGAAGCUGAGGUGUGCAGACAAAGUCUUUACACCUGCUUGGACGUGGGCCUGCGCCUGCUCGCCCCCAUCAUGCCCUUCCUCAGCGAGGAGCUCUACCAGCGGUUACCACGGCGACGGCCCCAGCACGACGCCCCCAGCAUCGGCGUGACGUCCUACCCGGGCACGCAGGAGUUCUGCUGGAACAGUGAUGAGGUGGACAGGAACAUGGACUUUGUCAUGAGCGUGGUCAGAACUAUCCGCUCUCUCAGGGCCGACUACAACCUGACCAAGACACGAGCAGACUGCUACCUCCAGUGCAGGGACUCUUCUACAGUGUCGCUGGUCCACAACUACAACCUUCAGAUCCAGACACUGUCCUACUCUCAGGCCGUCAUCCCUCUGUCGGCGGAGCAGUCGGUACCAGGAGGCUGCGCUGUGGCCAUCGCCUCCGACAGAUGUACCGUCAACCUCAUGCUCAAGGGUCUGAUUGACGUGGAGAAGGAGGUGACCAAGCUGAUGAGCAAGCAGGGCGAGCUGGAGAAGCAGAUGGAGAAGCUGCAGGAGAAGAUGGCAAAGAACGACUACAAGGGGAAGGUGCCGGUGAAAGUACAAGAGCAGGAUGCUGACAAGCUGCAACAAAGUCACACUGAGCUGGAGAAAGUGAAAGAAGCCAUGGACAACUUCAAGAAGAUGCUCUAAACACUUCAGUCCGGUUAGAAGUAUUUUAUUUGCCCAAUAAAUCCAUCAUGGUGUCAAACUAAUGUGAUGGCUUUAUAGGCUUUUUUCAUUUAAACUUGAAUCUUCCUUCUCAGUGCAGUACUUUACGUCUUCUCACCGGGCUCUAAGAAUGGAAGUGGAGACUCAGGUUUAUUACACAUAUUUCUGCCUCUCCCUUUCACAAUACAAUCCUUAAAGGCCUACUGAAAUGAGAUGUUCUUAUUUAAACGGGGAUAGCAGCUCCAUUCUAUGUGUCAUACUUCAUCAUUUCGCCAUAUUGCCAUAUUUUUGCGGAAAGGAUUUAGUAGAGAACAUCGACAAUAAAGUUCGCAACUUUUGGUCGCUAAUAAAAAAGCCUUGCCUGUACCGGAAGUAGCAGACGAUGUGCCCGUGACGUCACGGGUUGUGGAGCUCCUCACACCCUCACAUUGUUUAUAAUCAUGGCCACCAGCAUCUAGAGUGAUUCGGACUGAGAAAGUGACGAUUUCCCAAUUAAUUUGAGCGAGGAUGAAAGAUUCGUGGAUAAGGAUAGUGAGAGUGAAGGACUAGAAAAAAAAAAAGGGCGAGGGCAGUGCAAGCGAUUCAGAUGUUAUUAGACACAUUUACUAGGAUGAUUCUGGAAAAUUACUUCUCUGCUUAUUGCGUUACUAGUGUUUUAGUGAGAUUAUGUGGUACCUGAAAGUCGGAGGGGUGUGGCGACCACCAGUGUCUCUGAGGGAAGCCACGCAGCUGCAGGAGGAUGCGAGCUCUGCUCAUAACUACGGUAAGAGCCGACUUAAUACCACCAUUUUCUCAGUGUAACCUGACGGUCGGGAACCAUGUUUGCUUGACCGCUCUGAUCCAUAGUAAAGCUUCACCUUCGGGAAUGUAAACAAGGAAACAUCUGCUGUGUUUGUGUAGCUAAAGGCAGCUGCAAUACACCGCUUCCCACCUACAUCUUUCUUCUUUGACUUCUCCAUUAUUAAUUGAACAAAUUGCAAAAUAUUCAGCAACACAGAUGUCCAGAAUACUGUGUAAUUAUGCGAUUAAAGCAGACUACUUAUAGCUUGGAUCGAGCUGGAAAAAAAAUGUCCUCUACAACUGGUGACGUCAAACGCACACGUCAUACCGCGACGUUUUCAACAGGAUACUUUGCGGGAAAUUUAAAAUAGCAAUUUAGUAAACUAAAGCGGCCGUAUUGUCAUGUGUUGCAAUGUUAAUAUUUCAUCAUUGAUAUAUAAACUAUCAGACUGCGUGGUGGCUAGUAGUGGCUUUCAGUAGGACUUUAAAAAACUAAAUGGGUUUUCAAAAAAUGGACUGCUAACCCAUAAUAUUGUAAACAAAUGUGUUGAAAUGUAAUUUGGGUUUAUUAAAAAUAACUACUUUAAUGACCUAGCUUCAAAUCCUCAUUUUAAACUAUUGAAAUAUGAACAGGUUUUGUUUGGUAUGAAAGAAGCAAAGUAUUUAUUCCAAGAGUUUAUUCAGCAUAUUUAAGGGAUCUUAUUUUAGGUCAUGUGAGAGAACAGCAUGUUGGGUAAUGGAGUCGUGCUAGAAGAUAAAUAAUACAUCCCUUUUAAAACUCCAAAAGCAGAGGAUGCAUGUUUCUGGACUGCUGGCUAGCAUAGAGCACGGAUUAAGAAAAGCAAACAAACCACAAGUGAAGAAUACAUCCAUCAUGGCCGCUCACAGCCCCCACGGGGGGUGGAACUCCGAGGCGGGCAGAGGCGUGCAGUGCGUCGUCUCAAAGUUCCUCAUGUGCUUCCGAGCC